CUUGGCUUUUUCUUGUUUUCGGCUUUUGCUUUAUUAAAGCUCGCUUUUUGUUCCACUUUAUCUUUGACUCCGUGUGUAACUGCAUUUGGGUCCAGCUUUCCCUUCCUUAGUUUUCCCUUUUAACCCUCCCCUGACAGAACAGAGGUAUGUUGAUGGAUGAAAUGGAAAAAGCUGUGAUACACUUCAUCAUCCUGGGAGUCCUCUCAGGUUUAACCAAAGGAGCUGGUGUGUUGCCAGACGGUCCUCUGAAUGCAGCUCUGGGAGGGACAGUGAUGUUCACCACAACACUGACUCCACCAGAAACACCAUUUUUAACAAUGAACUGGAAAUUUGCUGACAGAAAUAUAAUAUCUUUUAGUGGUGUAAACGGAACUGCACCAGAGUAUAAAGGCAGGAUCACCCUCUUCACGUCUACUGGAUCUCUGGAGCUCAGGAAUCUGACUCUUAAUGACAAAGGAGAAUACAGAGUUAACAUUCAACCACAUGGAGACUUUGCAAAGGAAGGAUCCACCAGACUGGAAGUUUAUGAGACAGUCUCCAAUGUAAUGGUAACUCCCAGCAGCACAGACUUGGUGGAGUUCAACAGCUCCGUCAGUCUGUCCUGCUCCACCUCUGGAUCCUCUCUCACUUUCCUCUGGCUGAACGGCAGCACUGAAGUUACAGCAAGUGACAGAAUUCACCUCACUGAUAAAGGCGCCACCCUCACUAUAGUCAAUGUGACCCGCUAUGACCAGGGACCAUUCAGGUGUCAUGUGUCCAAUCCAGUAAACAGUGUUACCAGUGAUCCAGUAAACCUCUCCAUCAGCUACGGCCCUGAAAAUGUAAUCGUCAAAAUAUCUCCAUCGCAAGAAUACUAUGAGGAAGGGUCAAACAUCACCCUGUCCUGCUCAGCUGUUUCCAAACCUUCUGCCCUGUAUUACUGGUUUCUGAAUGGGAGCGUGAUGCCCCAUACUGGAUCAGAGAUCAACAUUCAGAUAGGUGAGAGUGGAAGCUACAGCUGUCAGGCGUUUAACCAGAAAACUCUGAGAUAUGACACAUCUUCACCUUUGGCUGUAACUGUGUUGGUCAACCCAGGCAAAACAUCAGGCUGUUCGGCUGGUUGCAUCAUUGGAAUAGUAAUUGCAUGUUUGGUCGUCUUUGGAGGAGCUGCUGGUGGAGGGUACUACGUCUAUAACAAAAAAUUCAACAACAAAGCUCCGCCACAAUCUGGUCAAAAAGAAGUCGAGGAACAUGUGUAUGAGGACACUUCUGUGGUGUAUGAGAACAUAUAAAAUCAACCGUUUGAUUCCAUUUAAGGUGAUCACACAAUAAAAAACCUUCAUCUGCACCAAGAAAAGAAGACACACAGAUGUGUUUAGGAUUCCAACUAUUUCUCAUCUAUUUUUAGGUUUUACAGUCAAACUCAAGUGUAAGAGAAUUACUAAUAUAGCUGUGGUAUAUUCAGACAUCCAGCAAUAUAAGUGGCUUCAAUUAAUUGACUUUUUUGCCACGUGGAAGAAGAAAAGCUAAUUGAAAAGAUAAAACAUGACAGAUAUAGACAUAAUAUUGUCUUACUCAUGUUUAUGGCUAAUGUUUUAACAAAAUCCAUUUACCCAGUAUAUUGUAACAUUUCCUAGGCAUUUCUUCAGACACCUGUUGGAUACAAUUCAAAAAUGUACUCUUCUUUUAGCAAGUAGCAUCUACAGUUGGUUUAUCAGAGAUUUUUGCCAAAAACUGGAGGGUUUUUCAAGCCAAGCCAACUUUAUUUAUAUAGCCAUAACAGUUGAGUAAAAAAACAUUUCAUGUUGUACUUCUGCAACACAUUGGUGACGUUUGAAUCAUUGAACUGUUCUAACAGCAAUUUAAUAUGUAAUUGUUGUUUAAAUGAUGUCCAAACACUGGCAACUGUGGAUAUGAGAUUUUAAAAUGUAUAGUAAUUCAAUAAAGCUGUAUAUACCAGUGAAUUAUA